UGCGCACAAUCAGAUCAACCAUGUUUUCAGGAGCUAUGCAAGCCAGUGGCCGAGGAAAAGCUCAGGUCGACGAGCUACUUUCACAGCUCACUGCCGACCUGCAAAAUGAAAGAUUAUCAGCCGCACAGCGCAAAAAACUGCUUGAGAAUCUCAAGGUACUGGGAAGAGAUCCUGCAAAUUCCGACUCUAUUUUCGCUAGACAGGGAAUCGAAACUUUGUGUGAAUAUGGCUUCGAAGUCGCCGAACUUGAUGUCUCUCAAGAAGCAUUGAGGUGUUUGGCAAAUGCUAUGCUUCUACAAGAAAAGUCGAGACAAUAUCUGCUAGACUUGGGCUAUGGUGACAAAGCUGCUGAACGACUUAGGAACGAUGAUCGGGACGACGAAUUCUUGGUUUCUCGCAUCAUUUUCCUUCUGACGUACAAGACUACCGUGAAUCUUCAAGAGCUUGUUGAAAAACAUGAGCUGGCCAGCAGUAUUUGCAGGAAUCUUGCAGGUCAUGCAGACAGGCUUGCUGAUUCGAGCAGUCAGCCUGCACAUCCGAUGAGCGAUAUGGCCAUGAUUGAGUCGCUGAAGCUGCUAUUCAAUGUCACGGCCAGAAAGCCAGAGCUGUCUGCAAGGUUCACUGGCUGUGUGCCAGAUCUAUUCAGCAUACUCUCCCGCCAGAAACUGCCAGUACCCCCUCUGCAGGUGCCUGUCAACUCUAUUAUCAACGCCUUGAUGAACAUGCACAUAACCGAGGAGACCUGUCCUACCGAGACACAAACUCAGCAGUUGGUCGAUAUCCUUGAUCGCUCUAUGAAAGCAUAUCCGGAAGCUGAGCUCGAUCAAGCUGCGACUCCGCUUCUAACACUGCUACGAAAGAUCCAAGAGAGUGCAUCGCCUGACGUGCGUAAACACAUGGGUGGCCUCUUGCUUCCUGAUGAAGAAGCCCGUGCGAAGCCUCUGGGUCAAGGUGAAUCAUUGCCGGCCAGACUUCUGCGACUUUCCAUCUCACCGUCUUUGAUGAACUUACGCGAAAGCAUUUCUGCUUUGUUGUACGAGCUUUCAGACAGCAACCCAACAACUUUCAUCCACAACGUUGGAUACGGGUAUGCGGCAGGCUUCCUCUCUACUCACAAGAUCGAAGUUCCAGAGAGCAUGAUGCGCGCAGAUGCUCAGGGCGCGGACAUCAAUCCGGUCACUGGUCAGCGCUUAGCUGCUGAGUCUGGAGACUCGGAACCUGAGAUGACAGAUGAAGAGAAGGAGCGCGAGGCCGAGCGUCUGUUCGUGCUCUUCGAAAGGCUGAAGGCUACCGGUGUCGUGGAUGUUGAGAAUCCAGUACAUCAAGCCAUGAGGGAGGGUCGAUUCGACAACUAGCAACCAAAUCGCAUCUUACUUCUGGUAUCAACAACGCACUGCCUUAGCUGAUACUGGCUGGUACAAGGAAAAGGCCGCAGGAAUAUCAGUAUAUCGACAAACAGCGAGUCAUCAGGCCCAACAUGAAUUGAGAAAGCUUUCUUGUCAAGGCGCUGGAAAUCCGGGCCGAGACAGCCACCCAUCUGACACUUUAUUGUGACAUCCUUGCAAGACGUCUUUAC